AGAGAGAGAGAGAGAGAGAGGUGCAUAUUCAAUUUAGGGCGAAUGCGCGUUCCCUUUCGUGCACGCGCGCGCCUCAGCUUAGACGAGGAGCGAGUGCGCGCUCCCGGAUCACCAAGUAUCUUCCAUCUACAGUUCUUCUUUUCUUUCUCUCGUUCUUUCUUGUGUGUGUGUGUGUGUGUGUGUGUUUUGUUUUUUUGCACGAUCACGCGCGUGUUUGGUCGGUAAGGAGUUACGAAAAUCGUUCCAACAUGGAGAACAAGCGAAGACGUUAAGCGUUAAAGUGAAAAGUUGGAGAAUAAAAGCGCAAAAGAAAGAGAGAGAGAGAAAGGAAAAGAAACGCCGAGUUUUGGAGGACCGUUAUGUCCCGUUAGGAGAUUUAUUAACGCGCGAGCCGAAGAGAACUUUGGAGUUUAUUUCUUCUUCUCGGUAUCCUUCGGUUCUCUCUUUUUGUCCAUCCUUUGGUGUGCAUGGGUCGUCGGUAGGAUCGCGCGCUCCGCGGGAUGGGAGCGAGCCAGGGGAAGCAGAGCGGGAGUGAAGGGAAGGGCAGUUCCAGCAUUUCCUCCGACCUGAGUUCAAGUACGGAUCAGACGUCGACCAAAGCUCAGAAGAAUGUGGCUACCAGUGAAGACUCGGACGUGAGCAUGCGCACUCUGAGUACACCCAGUCCUGCUCUCAUCCUUCCUCGCUCUUCACCUGCCCUCUUCAAUGGCUCCUCAUUGUCCUUCGCUCCUGAGACUGUUGGUCUCACUUACCCUCAGCGUGGAAUGUGCCAGUCCAAAGAGCAACAUCAGGGGGCACCCAUCGACAUGCUGCCUGACCACGCCUUUCUGCAGAUCUUCGCCCAUCUGCCCACCAACCAGCUGUGUCGUUGUGCCCGGGUAUGCCGCCGAUGGUAUAACCUGGCAUGGGACCCACGGCUCUGGAGGACAGUGCGUCUGACGGGUGAUGUGGCACAUGUGGACCGGGCGUUGCGGGUGCUUACGCGCCGUCUAUGUCAGGACACACCCAACGUAUGUUUAACCGUGGAGAUGGUGGUGUUGAAUGGCUGUCGCAGACUUACCGACCGCGGCCUUUACACGGUGGCGCAGUGCUGUCCCGAGCUGCGGCGCCUCGAUCUGGCUGGCUGCUACAACGUGUCCAAUGAGGCUGUGUUCGAGGUCGUCUCACGAUGCCCUAACCUGGAGCACCUGGAUGUCUCAGGAUGCUCGAAGGUGACGUGCAUCAGUCUGACGCGGGAAGCGUCCAUCAAACUCUCUCCUCUGCACGGCCAGCAGAUCUCCAUCCGCUACCUGGACAUGAGCGAUUGCUUUGCGCUGGAGGACGAGGGUCUGCACAUCAUCGCGGCUCACUGCACGCAGCUCACGCACCUGUACCUUCGCCGCUGCGUACGCCUGACCGACGAGGGUCUGCGCUUCCUCGUCAUCUACUGCCCGGCGGUGCGCGAGCUCAGCGUUAGCGACUGCCGCUUCAUCAGCGACUUCGGGCUGCGCGAGAUCGCCAAGCUGGACGUUCACCUGCGCUACCUGAGCAUAGCGCACUGCGGCCGCAUCACCGACGUAGGCGUGCGCUACAUCGCUAAGUACUGCUCCAGGCUACGUUAUCUGAAUGCCCGAGGCUGCGAAGGCCUUACGGACCACGGCAUCGAGCACCUGGCUAAGAGCUGUCCCAAGCUCAAGAGCCUGGACAUCGGCAAGUGCCCGCUGGUGUCGGACGCCGGGCUGGAGGUACUCGCGCUCAACUGCUUCAAUCUGAAGCGCCUGAGCCUGAAGGCGUGCGAGAGCAUCACGGGCCGUGGACUGCAGGUAGUGGCGGCCAACUGUUUCGACCUGCAGCUGCUUAACGUGCAGGACUGCGACGUGUCACUCGACGCGCUGCGCUUCGUCAAGCGCCACUGCAAGCGCUGCGUCAUCGAACACACCAACCCCGCCUUCUUCUGAAAGCUACGACGAACUAGACAGUCUGAUACACAAGAACAUGUCCUUGUGUUGUUGUUUUGUUUGAUUGUUCUUUUUGUUUUUGAAGUGUCCGUUCGGCUGCAGCUACGACGACAAUCUCAUACGCAUCAUGCUGACAAGCUUCUAUUCGUUGUUAGCAAUUCUAGCACUUUUGGGUUGUGAGUAAGGUCUGCAUACACUAAGACAUCAUGACAAUCCACACGAAAAUAUCUUCACAACUGAGUGCCAAAGACCAAUUACGAUCAUCUUACAGAUUACUAUUACUACAGAUCUCCGAGUUCUCCGGAUUAAAUAUGAAUUUGUGUCAUUGUUGCUACGAAAAAAAAUUGCUUAAUGUAUCCAGACCUUAAAGAAAGAGAUAUGCAAGUUAUAUAUAUAUAAGUUUCCUCCUUGCCGUAAAUGUAGUCCGUCAGCAAAGAUAUGUUUGGUUUGUGGUUUUACUAAAUACCUAAAUGCUAUUUAGCUAAAGUAAAGGCUAAAGGCUAAUGUAGCUAAUGAUCCCAAUCUCUGCGUAAAAACCUUAUCCAGAUGCUGAGUCAUGGCACAGAGUUGCUGUUGCUAUUAGGGCACGAUGUGACAUAUAUCCGUAAGCAAAAAUUCACCGUGUAGCUGAAUUCCGGAAACCGGCGGCCAUUUUGUAAUCGUUCAUUCCUCGAAGCUCCGCCUUUUAAAGUUUGAGGACAGAAUUGCAUCAGAAAGUCUAGACGUUAGCACGAUAAAACUUCCCGACGGGUGUACACUCUCAUCGUUCAAAGAAAGUAAGUAUGAAGAUCCGGACACGCGUGUACUCUUGGACGUAUUACCCUCAUAGCUCCAGUAAAAUAAACGCCGAACUUACCUUGGCUACACAUCGACUACGUUUACAGGAGGAGGAAACUGAAAAGGGGUACAGUUUCAUUCGAUUUUUCAUGUUUGUUUGUUAUUUUUUUUACGCUCGACACGUUUUAUAGGACUGUGUUUGUGACUCGUUUUGACGUGUUUAACCCAUAUUUAUGCUUCGUCUGUAUUUUCUCAUACCUUCCCACUACACUUGUUUAAUUAUAUCACAGCGAUCGUGUACAGAAGUGUAUUUUCUGUUUCGGAAAAGGGAAUGAGUUUCGAAGGGAGCGGACAAUCCGGCGUGACGUUUUCCCUUCGAGACGUGGGAGCGAUAAUUUAAGCGAUAAUUCAUAAAUCUGAUCCGGUAGUCUAACGUUUAACGGUUUAACGUCGCGCGCUGUUUACACACGUUUGUGCCGGACGCUCGCUCCGUUCGGUUUGUUCGUUUAACGACGCAUACGCAGAUCCAACGAUAUACACAUUUACAUUUCGUUACAUUUAAUAUCGCUAACGAGGUAGCAGUAUUACACGACCAGGAAGUACUAACGUGCGACAGUGUGUUAGUGCCAGAUUCAGUAUUUGGAGUAUUUCCUCUCGCUGUUCCAACCUAUAAGUAAACAUGUACCAGUAUUACACGUUCAUAUCACGGUGAUUGAUUUUCCGAUUAAAGCUUUUAUGUAGCGGUUUACCAGGUCGCAGCAUUUCAUCAGUUGCUCGGCUGUUUGACUUCCAGUGGACGUGCGGUUCACCGCGGUGCCAUUUUCACCACGUAAUAAUGGGCAGAAUGUUGGUUCCAGGUGCGAACAUAACAGGGAAAUAAAAAUAUCAAAGCCAUAUUAAAAAAA